AUGGGUUUUGACAAGUGGUUGAUAGUUGAUGCAGUGGGUUUUGCUCGAGGUAUUUGGCUGCUUUGGGACUCAUCCAUUGUCUCCAUUACAGAAGUGGAUAGAUCACCACAAUUCCUUCAUGUUCGAGCACAAACAGGAAGAGAUGCCUGGUUCCUUACGACAGUUUACGCCUCGCCAGCUCUGGUCCAGCGAAGAGAGUUGUUGGCGUCGAUACGGUCUAUUGCUGAAGACAUGGGAGAUCCCUGGUUCCUAGCGGUGGAUUUUAAUUCUAUUCUACUACCGUCCGACAAGAUGGGGGGGAGCACCCUUUGA